AUGGACCCCAGGGCACGCGACCACUUGUAUGGCGGCAAGCCGAACAACAUUCAGCUCCAGGAGGAACAUGCGAAGUUGCGUACGAAAUUCGACCGGUAUGGUGAGCAAAUUGAGGAUCUUUGGUCGAAAUUCGACCAGGAAACCCGGAAGAGAAUGGUAAUCGCAAGCGCCGAAGAGGGAGAUUAUGUCCUAGCACAUUCCGAGGACAAUUCGCGCGACCCGUUGCAGAAGAUCAUUCCCGAGUGGAACCUACGCGACAUCACGCAGCCCGGGUCGGAGUACCUAACGGACAUGAUGUACGAGCGUUCGCAGGCGGACCUCAUUGACCAGUACAAACACAUCAUGGAUGGACUUGGAGACAAGGGUUUUAUUGAGAAAAUGAUGGAAGAGCAAAAUCUUCGCAUCCCGGGGAGAUGGGAAGACAAGUACAUCGCGUUCAUCGACAACGAGCAGUAUGGCACGGCCAUGCAACUGAAGGAUACAAGCCCUAUACAGUGGGCAAUAAAUUUCGGAAACCUCGUUGGGCAAGAGACUGGGGAACUCGUUCUGUUCAGGCAGUUACAUCUCAUGUAUAAACUCAACGACAUAGCGGACGCGAUCCUGGCAGAGGGCCGAGUCAGGGCCAGCAAACCUGUCCGUCCGCCGGGCGCUCGCCCGCAAGGACCGGUCGACGAAGCGGUCUUCGGUAGGCGACCGACCGGAACUGGGCGCGCGCGCGCCAAGGCGACUCUCGAGCCCAAGCAGAAGGCCAAGGAAGCCCCCGUAAAGCUAUCGAUUGCGGAACUCAAAGGCGCUGUUCGCGACCAGAAGGUGGCUCACGAGGUGUGCCUCGAUCUUUUCGCGUCAGGGCCUGGCGUGCUCGCUAGGACUGCAAGUUUGUGGUUUUCCAACCGCCCGGAGCUCGUGGCUGAUGAGAAGGGCCGGGCCCUGCCUCUUCAGGCCGACAAGCACAGCAGCGGCGCCGUCUUGGACUCGGCUCACAACAUCGUCAAGGACGUUGCGGUUUGGAAUUACAUCGAUCAACUCGUUGGACAGCUCGAAAUUGAGGGACUGGAUAAGAUCCACCGAUCGAUCGUUCUCCAAGAACUCUCCAACGUCUGUCACUACGAGUACGCUCGAAAGCAAUUUCUUCUCAAGCGCUAUCUUACCAAGGGCUCGAAACUCUUCAAGCGUGUGUCCAAUGGGCUCGACCCGGUUGGUAACCCCAACAUCAAGUUGAAGGGCAAGCCCGCAGAAUUCAUCAAGACCGAUCCCCAGCUUCACAUUCUUCUCACGUUGGCCCAGCCAGAGACGACCGCUGCCAAGGCGGUUGAUUGGCUGAAGAAACUGGGCGAGAUGUAUGAGAAUAUUCCCCUCGAGCGGGAGAAGUUCCCCGAAGAGGUGGUGGAUGUGCUGGGCGACGUGGCCAUCAUCGUCAUCUUCAUCCAGGAUGCUACCCUCGCUACCUCCAUGCCGCCUCUCUCGCGCAAAAAGGGCCAGUUCUUCGUAUCCCGAGCUCAGGGGCUGGAAGCCGAAUUCAACCAAAUCAAGAAGGAUCUCAACCUGAGCGAGUUCGCUGCCCCCAUCGACAAGCUUCGAGAGCCCAGUAACACAGAGGGCGCCUUGAAGGCUCUUGAUAGGUUCCUCGCUGAGAAAGCCGGUGCCAAGUUGGGCUUCUUGUACGAAGACCUGGUUCAAGACAGCGUCGCACACCUUGCCAAGCAGCACGAAGAGUCCAAGGCGAAGGGAGAGAUGGACUGGACUCCUCUCCCGAUCGAGGGUGCCGAGUCCCGAGAGAAAUUCGUCGAGGACCGAAAGAAACGGAACGAGAACCGUACUUCUGAAAUUUCUUCGUUGGACAUCCGCCCUGACGGCCAACGCCCCGCCGCGGAGGAAGUGGCAUCCCCGGCGAAGGCUAUCCAGGCCAUCCCGCGUAUUGGCGAGGUCUUCUCGAAGCUUUUGGGGAAGGCGGAGGCUAGUGAUCCUGUCAAAUGGGAGGAUCUUGAAGACGCGAUGAGGACGGCUGGGUUCAGACCCAUUCCCAAGUACAACGUCUUCACCACUUUCCUCAUGUCGGAGGCUGUGUCAAAGCAGCCGUUUGCUGUGAAGCGGCCGUUCAAGUCUAUGAUUGCGGGCCAUACAUCUCCCAUCUUGGGUGAAAGGUUGAAGAGGGCUUAUGGAUAG